UGAGUGGGCUAUCAGGCUGAACUGCAGGUUUCCUGCAGCAGGAGAAAGGAGUGUGCCUUUUAAAGUUUCACAGCAAACUUAUGCUGUCUUCUUAUGCUGUAAUGAGAAGGCCUAUUUUGUUCUGGCAAAGAUGUUGACACUGAUAUUUACCAGCCUGAUAGCGGGAGUGCUGGCUCUACUUCUGUACCAGAGGAUCGCGUAUCCCUUCUUCUGGGACGAUUUGAUUUAUUACUUGAAACUUCGGGGUUACAAAAAGAAAGCCGCGGCUCGCAUGAAGCAGGGGGUCAUUACGUAUCUAGACUGCUUCUUGUAUCAGGCGAGAAGAAUACCCAACAAACCUUUCAUCAUCUUUGAGGAGCAGACUUGGACGUACCAGGAUGUGGACAGGAGGAGUAACCAGUUCGCCAACGCGUUUCGGACCGAGGGCUCUUUAAAACCAGGGGACAUUGUUGCCUUGUUGAUGUGCAAUGACCCGGACUUCAUCUGUGUGUGGUUGGGACUGUGUAAAGUUGGUUGUGAGGUCGCCUUUCUCAACGUCAAUAUAAAAGCCAAAUCACUGCUCCACUGUUUACAAAAUUGUGGAUCCACAACCCUUAUAGUUGGUUCAGAUUUGGUGAAUGUUGUGGAGGAGGUGUGCGCAGACCUAAAGAAACACAACCUGCGGGUUUGGGUGAUGGAUCACUCAUCGGCCUGUCAGGAGUUUGGGACUUUACUUGAUAAGGUUCAACACAUGCCUGCUGAAAAAAUAAACGACUUACCAUUAGCUGAUAUAAUGUCCAAUUUUCUUUUCAUCUUCACAUCUGGCACUACAGGUCUUCCUAAGGCAGCUCGUGUUGGUCACUUGAAAGCUGUUAUGAGCAUGGCCUUUCUUGAGAUGUGUGGUGCCAGCUCUAAUGAUGUCAUCUACAUCACUCUUCCACUUUACCACAUGUCUGCUUCCCUUUUAGCAGUUGGUGGAUGCAUCAGUCUAGGUGCUACUUGUGUCCUAAGGAAAAAGUUUUCUGCCAGCCAGUUUUGGAAAGACUGUGUAAAAUAUAAUGUGACUGUAGUGCAAUAUAUUGGUGAACUUUGUAGAUAUUUAUUGAACCAGCCAAUGGUUCCGGAGGAGCGGGCUCACUGUGUGCGUCUGUUUGCUGGAAGUGGUCUUAGGUCUGAUGUUUGGAAGGAGCUCAGACAGCGUUUUGGAAAGAUCAAGAUCAGGGAGGGUUAUGGUCUGACUGAGGCCAGUAUCGGCUUCCUUAACUACACUGAUGAGGUGGGGCCAAUUGGGAGGGCCAGCUACUUCAACAAGCUUUCAAUGCCAUUUGAGCUUUUGCGGUAUGAUCCACAACAAUAUGAACCUGUCAGAACAGACACUGGAAGAUGUAUAAAAGCAGAGACCGGUGAACCCGGUAUCCUUGUAGCUCCCCUCACCAUCAUGAACCAGUUUCUUGGUUAUGCUGGCAAUAAGGUCCAGUCAGAGAAGAAAGUGCUAAGGGAUUUGUUCCAGCCCAGUGAUGUGUACUUUAACACUGGAGAUCUGCUGCUGCAGGACCACCAGGGCUUCCUGUAUUUCCGUGACCGCAUUGGAGACACCUUCAGAUGGAAGGGAGAGAAUGUGUCCACAACAGAAGUGUCAGAAGUUCUUGGAAGUCUUGAUUUUAUUCAAGAAGCCAAUGUGUAUGGAGUCACUGUCCCAGGUAAUGAAGGUCGAGCAGGCAUGGCUGCUGUUGUCUUAAAACCUGAAUCCAAAUUAGAUGGUCCAAAACUCUUCUGUCAUUUAGUGGACACCCUGCCUGCUUAUGCCUGGCCUUGGUUUCUCAGAGUUCAGGUCGCUCUUGAUGUGACAGAGACCUUUAAGCAGCAGAAGUCAAAGCUGGUGCAGGAGGGUUUUAACCCCACCGUCAUCUCUGACCCACUGUUUUUCUUAGAUAUUUCCCUGAAGACGUACAUCGUUUUGACUCCAGAUAUUUUUCAAGAGGUUGUGUCUGGAAAACGCAGUCUAUAAGCAUUUCUGAAGAUUAUCUAAAAAAAAAUGUUCUGCAGCAUUUUUAGAUCCAGCCUAUAAUGCAGAAUUUUAAGCCAAUUUUCCACAUGGACAUGUUUGACCCUUUUAUCGUUGGUUAAUUUGUUUUUAUGCUAAGAGUAGUUUAGUUUUACUUUGUUUCCAAAAAGAGAGAAAACAAAUUGUUAUUCAUGCAAGAUAAUACCUAUAAUUUUAGGAGAUUUUGUGCCAUUAACUGUUAAUCACCAGUACUAACAUGAACAUGUUUUUACCCUGAUGGUAUAUUAUGCAUUAGUGUUUAUAUGUUUUGAUAGUAUAAGUUUAAAGUACUGUGUAAAAAAAGAACACAACCUCCCCAAAUGUGACUAGAAUUAAAAUACAAUAUUUAUUUCAAGCUUGGUGAUUUUUUUUUUAUUAUUUUUUUUUUUAAACAUCAGUAGAUUCAAACCAAAUAUCUAGUUUGUACAAGAAUGUAAUAACUGAAUACAUUUUUUUUUUUUUAUCUUGCAAUGACCACGUCCAUUAGUCAAGUAGAAUAACAGGCUAUUUGCUCCUCAUGUAAAUCGGUCCAAGAAGCUUCCCAAGGGUUUACAGAUGAAAAAGUCCAAUUUGAUUCAUGCUCAUGCCAUUGUAUAAAUCCGAUCAAAUGUAGGCCGAUACUUUGAUGCCUUCCUUUGGUUUCAUAACCCAUUAUCAAUCACUUAGUGUCAAACGUUAAUAAAGGACAAAACGCACUC